AUGUCAAAGAACAACCGCCAAGAACAAAAAACAGCAAAUCAGCCAUCUUCUUAUACACAAAUUUCACCGUCUGAUAGAUCAGUUGGAAGUGAAUCGUUAACAACGUUAGAAAAAGAUUACAUUCCCUUAUCAUUCACAUCCACAAUCGGUGCUGGACGUGGAAAAUCUGCUCAUACACAAUUCAUGCCUGUUCAUAGUUUUCAACGAGCAUCACCAACAGGAACAGACGAUAGUCUAUCAUCCAUCUCGUUCAUUCCAUAUUCGCAUACACUACAUAAUAAUGAAAUACAGAAUGGUCGGAGCCGAGCGAAUGGUGUCGGCCGAGGAAAAAGUGUUCAACCACGUUUGAUUCAGACCGAUUAUACUCAACGAUCACCAUUGAAUAUCCCAGCAAAUAAUGAAUUACUAAUCUCACAUGCAAUCACAAAUGAAGCAAGAAAUAACAAUACACAGCAUUUUUCUUCAGUAUUUUCUCCAACAGUAGGCGUUGGACGAGGCCAAAGAUUUUUACCGCAAUUUGAUCCAACAUCUAACUUUGAACAAAGUGAUUUAUCACUUCAAUCGGGAUCACACCUGCUGGGCAACUAUUCACCUUCAAUAACGCCAAGCCUUGCUGGCCAUGAUAACAGAUCUUCACUACGUAAUUAUUCGGUGUUGGAUACAAAUCAAAAUUAUGAUGGUAGAGUUACAGCAUCACCAUCAGUUGUUCGCUCAAUAGCAGCUGUGCAAGGUCAACAGUAUGAACAACAUCCUUCCAUAAACCCUAUAUCUGUCAAUCAGUUACAAUCAAUUGAUAGAAAUCAUGAACAAUCACUAGCAUUGAUUGCAAGAGUACGGGAUGAUAUGAGAGCUCCAACUCCAAAAUGUCGAAAAAACAAAGUUAUAACAGAUGAAUGUCUAAUGAAAUUAUGGCAACGUUAUGAUGACGGUCGUAUUGACAUUCCAGCGUUCUUGAAAGCUGCCGAAGUUCUCAAAGCAAAAAGUGGAAAUGUUCUCACGGUCACGCCAAAUACAACUAUUGAAGAAUUAAAACGUCAAGUAACAAAACAGAAACCAGAAUUAUAUCCAGAUCGUCAAUCUUAUCGAACUGAACCAACUGGAAAAUCAGUUAAAGACAGUCAAAAAUUAUCAGAAUUAAAUGUGGAUAAAAGUAAAAAGAUUUAUUUCAAGGAUUUAGGAACACAACUUGGAUGGUCAACGGUAUUUUUGGCUGAGUAUGCUGGUCCAUUACUAAUCUAUUUACUAUUUUAUUUACGACCAAGCUUUAUUUAUGGUACAAUUGGUAGCUCAAGACCGGCACAUACAGUUGUUCACCUUGCUGCGUUUUGUUGGACAUUCCAUUAUGCAAAAAGAAUAUUUGAAACAUUAGCUGUUCACCGUUUUUCACAUAAUACGAUGCCACUAUUUAAUUUAUUCAAAAAUUGUGGUUACUAUUGGGGAUUUACUGCUUGGGUGGCUUAUUUUGUUAAUCAUCCAAAAUAUACACCAGCAUCAUUUGGAAAUGUUCAAAUUUAUCUUUCAUUAGCUGCAUUUCUUAUAAAUGAAAUGGGUAAUUUAUCAAUUCAUUUGGCAUUACGUGAUUUACGUCCUCAAGGUUCAAAGGAACGUAAAAUACCCUAUCCAACAUCAAAUCCGUUUACAAAAUUAUUUAAUUUUGUCUCAUGUCCAAAUUAUACAUAUGAAAUGGGAUCAUGGAUGUCAUUCUCUAUUAUGACACAAACAUUAACAGCUCUUAUAUUUACUAUAGCUGGUGCAUAUCAAAUGACAAUGUGGGCAUUAGGAAAACAUCGACUAUAUAAAAAAGAAUUUCCAAAUUAUCCAAAACGGCGUAAAGCUAUCAUUCCAUUUAUUAUCUAA